AUGACCUCUUCCAUGCUGCCUCUCAGACAUGCUGGUAGUAGUACCCUUCGCUGGGCAUCACGCCGUCAACGUUUGACCGUCUGUCGCCAAAGGGCAAGGUACUCGCAUGGCACGCAGCACGAUGGCACGCGUGGCCAAGGCCGACAGAGCAACCGGUUGACGCAAGCCGCCGCGUUCGCCGGCGUGUUUGGUAUUGCCGCAGCUGCGACUUAUUACUAUCCGAAACUCAAAGAUGGCCUUUCAAGCCCAGGCGAGUCAUCGGAGCCUUCAAAGCCCCAGCCCCAGCCCAAGUUUGAAAAGGCUCGCAAGCAGCCAGUGUCAAAAGAAGACAACCGGGAAAUGAUAAGCUCUCAGCAUCUGCAGGUCAAGAAUAGCUGGGAACAUCCAGGGGUGCAUGCUUGGGGCUCCAACACCGGCAGAGUCAUUGACCCCGAUUCCAAGGACAAGUACAUCAAGCUGCCUCGGCGCAUUCCCUACUUCGAUAAUCAACUUCUGAGGGAUCUGAAACUCACGCAAAACUUCGCGGCCGCCAUUGAUGAGCAGGGAAACCUGGUUCAGUGGGGUCUUGGCUUUUCUCAGGCUGACCCGACUCCAACCACGACCCUCAAGGGAAAAGAUCUCGUCAAGAUCCAAGUGUCGGCCGACCGCAUCAUUGCCCUGUCUCGAAAGGGCGACGUGUACUCGGUCCCCUCGUCCAGAGACGAUUUGGAGGGCGGGGUCAAGCAGAACCAGCAACGCAGCUACUGGUCCUUGUGGAACUCUGGCAGCAGCAAGGAGGCUGUCAACUUCCGCACCCUGACGCCUACCAAUCUCAAUCUGGCUUGGGGUGAGGCGGUCACUGACAUUAGCAGCGGGCUGGAGCACUGCCUCCUCUUGACCUCGAAAGGUCGUGUUUUCACAGCCGUGGCAACCGCGGCCGCAUACCCGUCAAGGGGCCAGAUGGGAAUCGCUGGCUUGACUUGGCAGACGCGACCCAAAGGGCCCUAUGACCAGCCCCAGGAGAUCCAGUCGCUUCAGGGCUUCGAGGCCAAGGCCAUCGCCACGGGCGACUACCACUCGGUAAUCCUGGACAAGCUUGGCAGAGUCUUUACUUUCGGCGACAACACAUUCGGCCAACUGGGCUUCGAGUCCGACCCGGGAGUGUCCUAUUCCGCGACGCCGCUCAUGGUAUCCGUCGACAGGCUCUACGCCUCGAGCGGCAUGGCGCCCAGAGUCACGUCAAUCGCAGCCGGGGGCGCAAACACCUUCUUCACCGUUGAUGCCGCGUCGCCGACUACCGCAGCGGAAUCGCGCACCAUGGUCCCAGCGAGGCGCAUGCCGGGAACUGUUUGUGACGUGUGGGUAUGCGGCCAAGGCGUGAAGGGGACGCUGGGAACCGGGAAAUGGACUCAUGUGUCGUCGGGCCCCACCAAAGUCAAGGCAUUCUCCUCCCGUUUCGAGUUUGACGAGAAGACGAACAAGAACAUUCCCAUCAGGCUCAAAGCUCUGAGCAUCGGCAGCACCCAUUGCGCCGCCGUCAUGGACAAUGUCACCAAAACAGACGCCUCGGCCGAGACGUCCGAGAACGAUACCAACUGGGGCGCCGAUGUCCUGUUCUGGGGAGGCAACGAACAUUAUCAACUCGGCACUGGCAAGCGAGCCAACCUCAACAGCCCAACGUACAUCGGGCCAUUGGACCGAGGGCUGGGGGAUGCCGACCACGGUAGAAAAGGCGAGACGCAUCGGCUCUGCCUGACGCCGAGGCAAACCGUUCGCAUCGGGGAAAGCGGAAAGGGACGCAAGGCCACGUUGGAGCAGAAGGUGGAGUGCGGCAAGUUGGUCAGCGCUGUGUAUUCGGCCGUGUAG